UAAUGUUAUACGUGUGUUUUGUAAAAAAUCAUUUAAGAGUCUAUACAGGUUUACUAUAUUGAUUACUUUCUAUUGACAUAGUAACCUAAUUUCAAUGUGACUGAUUUUUAAUCAGUGUAAUCAAGAUGGAAAGUUCAACUGGUGCUGCUACUAUCGAUAAGCCAUGGGAUCAUGCAUGGAGUACAGAGGAGAUGCGGCAAAACCGUAGACAUUGGAAUCUUGCUGCAGACUCUGGUCUUUUGAAACAUUUACAGCAAUUUUCAGAGAACAUAACAAAAAAGGUAAACGAAACACAAGAAGCUUUGGAUUCUAUGACAGCUCAAUUAAAUGAAACAGCAAUACUUGUUGACAAUAUUACUAAUACUUCUUUAGCUUUGGCUAAUACGCAAUUUAUAGAAAGUCGAGUUCAAGAAGAUAAUGUAGAAAUAGACCAACCAGUAGAAGACCUUGCUAAGAAUGGUCAUGAUCAAGAAUUGAGUGCCAAUGAUUUAUUAGUCAGUGUAUGUAAAAGUAUCAAAGAAGGUUUGAAAAUUAUGGAUGAAAAGUAUGAGAAAGUUGAAGUUGUUGCUAGUGAUAGUGAAGAUGAAGACGAUAAUGGUAUACAAAGUGUAAUAUUAAGGCCAAAAGAUCCUUAUCAAGACAGACCAUUGCCAUACGUUUUUGGAACAGAGCAGUGGGAAGCUUCAAGUAAAGUUGGAUUAGAAUCCAGUAGUAGUGAAUCUGAACAAAAUAAUGAGGAUGAAGAAUCACCAAGUGAUACAGACGAUAAAAAUAUUGGAAAUAUUUUGAGUGCUAACUCUCGAAUAGCUUUAGGUAUUGGCCGGUCUCCCUCGCUAUCAAGUGAGUCAAAUGAUUACAACAUCGAAAGUAGCAGUAUUAAAGAUAAUGAUAAAAAUAGAUUAUACGCGAGAAGUCAAGAUACUUUAAAUUCAGAUGCAGAAUCAACUACUCCAUCAAGUGUUUUACCUAAGGUAAAUAAUGGACCACCUAGUUUUGCCGAAGAGUUAGCCAAGAGAUUAGGUAGCGUUUUGCCGUCUCAGAGGAACGUAAUUCAUGAAUCAGAUGAAGAAAGCGUCAAUAGAUCUAAAGAAGAUAUUUUCGCUCAAGACGAUGACCAAGAUGUAUUUAGUAGUAAAUCAGAUAACUUAUUUAGUGAAGGAAAGAAUCUAUUUUCCGAUGAAGUACCUGCAACUUCAUGGAAAAAUAAGCCUAUAAAAAUCAUAAAUAAGAAUAUUAUUCCCGCUAGUAUUGAUGUACCUCCGCCACUGAGUAAAAUGGCAUCAGUUCCGAAAUCGACAAUUGAUGAUUUGUUUGGAGACGUAGAAGAUUCAGAGGAUUCAGACGAUAUAUUCUCUAAGAAAGCUUCAAAAAACAUUUACGCCGAUGAGAAAGAAGUCUUAAGGUCUGAAAUUAUAAAUAAACAAAAAAAUUUUAAUGUCGAAGCUGUACAAAAUGUUAGUGCCAUGACAACUAGUACUCCAGAAACAAAUGAGAGGAUGAAAGGACUGUUCGGCGACGAGGAGGACGAUAAUCUAUUUAGUUCAGCUUCCAAACAGAUAAAAUCUUCUGAAGAACCUCUAUUAAGAUCUGUAAAAAAAAAACCAGUCGGCGGUGUUUCAAUAUUUGGUAAAGUGGACAUACUAUCAUCCAGCAAAUUUGCUCGACGACCGUCGUCAUCAACAUCGUCAUCAUCUGCCGAGGAAAGUGAACCGAGUGAACAACGAAGUAACGAUCCCGUGAAUUUUACUGCAACCACUGAGCCGGUCACUUCGAAGAGCAACGUCAGCAACAGCGGUACAAACGCUUUCUCAUCGGUCGAAGCUGGUAACGUUGGUGAUUCUACAACAAUGUCUAAUACGGGUAGCAGUAGUGGAAUUUCUGUGCGGCCACCGAGUAGUGACAAUACUGCCAGUUUGGGAGGGUCCAGUUUAGGAGCGGAUUUCCAGCCAUUGAUGAGCUCGUCGCGGCUCAAGUCUGAGGAGAUUUAUCGAGAGCGCGUGGCCAGCGACAGUUUGUUCGCUGCUAGCAAGAGUAGUCAGCAACCGCUACCACGACAGGAUGUCUCAGAGGAACCAGAAGAUGUUUUCGGACCACCACCGUUGCCCAAAGCCGGUGAUAAUUCGAAACCCAAGUCGAAGGUAGCCUCGCUGUUCGACGAUUCGGAUUCGGACGACGACCUGUUCGGCAGUCCGUCUCUCAAAACCAGCAGUGCACCGACGCCCUCGAAACCGCAGCAGUCACAGAAAAAGAAAGGCUUAUUUGACGACGACGACGACGACGGGGAUUUAUUCAGAGGUAGAGACGCGCCGGAUGUUGAUCUGUUUGAUGCUGCCUCCAAGAAGCUGAAAUUCACAAGUUUGUUCGACGACGAACCACCCGAUGACGAUGGUUUGUUCGGAGACAACAAAUCUAAAUGUAAAGCUAGUAGCAACGUGAGUUGUAUUUUGGGUGAAAAAGAACAGACGGAAUCUGUCGACAGUUUUUUCCACGAGGAAAAAAGCAGUGACAGUGUAUUCAGUGAGGUGAAACAGGAGAGCAAAAAAGAACUGGAAAAAAGUGUAUUCAAAGAUCCAGCGAAAGUUGAUAAAAUAUCGGAGAAAAAAUCGAGUUCGAAAAGUUUAUUUGACGAUACUGAAGAUUCGAAUUUGUUCUCUGCAGUUCCUAAACUGACACCAUUAGUAGGUGCUGCUACAGUUUUGAAUAAAACUAGUGCUAGAAAUAACGCUUCGGGUUUCUUCGACGACACUGAAGACUCGGAUUUAUUCAGUUCGUCGAGUUCGUCUAAAAAUGUGCACGAGAAAAACAUCGUGGAAAAAUCGAUAGAUAGUCUGUGUAGUGACUCGACAGAUCCAAAAGGUUUUGGUGCUAAGGAUAGCAAAUCAAUCGAACAAACAUCAUCGAAGUCAGACUCACUCGUUGACGAUAAACCGCAAGUAUCUAAACCAGACUUUCUUUUCGAGGAUAAACCUAAAACAUCAAAGUCACUUUUCGAGGACGAAGAAUUGAAGUCAGAUUCUCUUUUUAAGGAAAAACCCAAAGCAUCAAAUCUACUUUUCGAGGGUGGAAAAUCAAAGAUAGACUCUCUUUUUGAGGACACAUCUAAAGUUUCCCAAGCCAAGAAGCUCACAACGAGUAUCUUUGACGACAGCGACGACGACGACGACGACGAUCUUUUCAGUAGUUCCAAAAAAAAGAAUCAGUCGUCGUCGAGUUUUUUCGAGGAAGACAAAAAUAUUAACGUCACGAAAGCCAUGGACGAUGAGAAAAAGGUAGAGAUUGAGAAAGCCGUGGAAAAGGAAAAAGAGGAAAAAUUGAAAGAACCACGGAAAGUAAUCAAGAAAGACUCGCCACCAAGCUCGAAACUCGUAAAAAAAGUCGUUGAAAAGAAGAUCAUCUUCGACGUCGACGACGACGAUGACGAUGAUUUGUUUGGCGAUAAGAAGAAGAAAUCUGUUACGCAGGAUAAGUCAAAGGAGAAAGAUGAUGUUGAAAAGAAGAAAGAAAAAGACAAUGAUACUAAAACAAAGACUGAAGUUCCCAAAAAGCCAGACUUAGCUUCGAAAAAGGCAGUUUUUGCUGAGAUUCAAAAGAAACUCGAAAAACAUAAUCUUCUUGAUCCCGAAAGAGUAGCAAAACUCACACGACCAGACAAGCCUGCAAAACCAGAAUCUACAGUUGUUGAUGGCGCAGUAAGUUCAAAAAAGGAGCCACCAAAAACUCUCAAACUCGACGAUCCUCCAGAGUCGGGGUCACCAACGGAAGAUUUGUCAACGAAUCAGCAGGCAAUGAAGAAACCUGCUAUCUCUGGUAAAAUUAAGGAUCUUCAAGGUAAAAUGGGUCCUUUGAAGCUGCUCUCACCUACAGAUAGCCCACCUACGUGGAGGAAAAGUACUGAGGAAAAGAAUAGCAACGAGGACGAGCAAGAGCACACACCGGAGCUACCGAGUAGUGAUGCUAGUACGCCGACUAUGCCCAGUGAAGCGUCAUCACCACAUACCUCGGGUACGAAUUCUAGAGCGAGAGAUUCACCGUCAACGAGGUCGGAUAACACCGAGGUUGCCAUUAGUUUUGACGAGCCAGCUCAAGUUGAAACCUUAUCAUCUACUGCUUCGAAAAGUCGCCCAAGAAUCCCUGGAAAAAGACGACCCCAGAGUAGACAGGCAAGGCACUCAGCUCUACGUCAAAGCGGUAUUGACUUUGAUUUUGUUGAUGCCAGUCUCACAACAGCACAGUCGAAUGGUGAUGCCAGUGAUGCUCAAAUCAUCAGUGAUCGCUUGCAACCUCACAGACCUCACCAUAGUACUGGUGACUCUGGUCAUGCCGAUGACAAGUCGGAGAUCAGUGCCUCCAGGAAUACUACGACCAACUUACUUUCGCCAUCGACAGAUGAAGAGGAUCUAUUUGACGUACCCCCAGAUUUACCAGAAGAUCCUGCUGCCAAAGAAGAAUCUUUUUUCGGUAGAGCGCCAAUUCUAUCGCCCGUGGAGCCGAUAGAAAAACCCAACGAUAAGGUACCGGCUGAAAAAAAAGAAAAAAAAGAAAUCAAGGAAAAUCCAAAAGUAGAGGAGAAGAAAGAAAAGAAACAAGUCGCAAACCCUGUUGAUCCUUUGCAGGACGAAAACCAUGAUCCAUUGAAAGAUCCUAGUCAACUCUUUGCCUUUGUUACGAAAACACCGUCGCCAGAAAAGAGUAAAGGUUUAUUGUUUGAUGAAGAUGACAACAGCUUAUUUACAAGUUCUGCAAAAGCUUUGGAAACGAAGGAGGAGAAAAAGUACAAACCCGCUUUGGAUCUAUUUGUCGAUGUCGAUGACGCAGAAAGUGAUCUUUUUUCCUCCAGCAAAACGAAACUAAAAGCGAAAUCUCUUAAGGAUACAAAAACUGAUUUAUUUGAUGAUAAGAUUGCUGAAGAUAACGGUGAUAAUCUUUUUAGUUAUAUUACCAAGAAGACUGAAAGCGUGAUAAAAAAAAAUAUUCCAGUCGCUAAAACCGAAGUAAAAUCAGAAACUGCAAUCAUCAGCGAUGAAGACGACAAUAUUUUUAGUUCAUCUACAAAGAAAAAUGAAAGAAAAAAAGUCGAAGAUAAAUCAAUCGAACCGAAAAAGGUACCGCCAAAAUUGAAAACUAUUGAAGAUGAAGAAUAUGGUAAUCUAUUUGGGUCCAGUGCAAAAAUGACGGAAGGUACAAAAAAUAAAGACAUAUCUAUUUCGGUAGCUGUUGAAAGAAAAUCUGAAGGAAAAAAUAUUAAAACUAUUGUGAAGGGUAUCUUUGAUAAUUCGAGCGAUGAAGAUCUAUUCGCAAGUAGUAAAAAAAUGAUCCCUAAAAAGAAAACAUCACUUUUCGAUGAGGACGACGAUGGCGAAAAUGAUGAUGAUUUGUUUGGGAAACCGAAAACGUCAAUGAAAGAGUCUAAAGUAGCAAACAUUGAGAAACCUGUUAUUAAGAAAGCAGUUACAAAGGAUCUUAAGAAAACAGCCGAAAAAAUUGUUGAAGAUCCUCUAAGUAUGCUUCAAGAUGAUCAGUGAAAAUGCUGAAUAUGUGCAAUCUUGCAAUAAAAAAAUUUAUUCAUACAUUGAAAGAUGAUAAGAUAUAGCAUAGAAAAGUGUUUUAAAAAACUUACUGUAAAAUAUAAAGCGAUUUAUAUUUUUUUAUAAACUUUUCUACCGCUGUGCGUUCAAUCGAACAUCUUAAUCACGUUUCAGUGUCGUUAUAGAAAUUGAUUCCAAAAUUAGUUUAGGAGUACAAAAAUAAAUUUGAUACGUUAUUUUUUUAUUCAUUGAUUAAUGUUUAAAAAUAAUAUUCUGGCUGAUAGCAUCGUACGAAAUGUAAUUUACGCCAAAACCUUCCAUAAAAUUUUUUAAACUAAUAUGGAACCGAAUAUUAUGAAUUAAUACAUCAAGUUUACUUAAAAUACAGAAUGAUUAUUUGUUCUUUUAUUUUUCAUUCGCUGCAAAAAUAGAGAUUCCAGCAAAAAUAUUGUAAAAAGAUGUAUAUUAAACUUUGAAAAUGAAAAGAUCAAACACAUUUGUUUAAUUUUUGAAAAACCUUAUAUUUUAGUUAAAAGUCGUAAUAGUCAUAAAAGUGCGGGCACUGUUAUUUCAUUUUAUAAUUCAUAAUGAUGCGUAGAAAAGCACUUGUCAGACAAUUUAUAUAUCCUUAUUAUAUGAAUAACAGUAAAACGAUAUACAUAAAAUAAAACUAUUGUAUAAAAAUUAUCAAAUCAAUGUUCAUAAUGUAUUGAGAACAUGAUAGGUAAAAACACGGUAACUUAUGAAAUAAUAUAAUAAAAAUGUUAUAUUGUGAAUAAUUCAUAUCCAAACUUAGCAAUCACAUUUUUUGAUUGUAUACAUUAAAAUUAUAAUUAUGUUAUUGAACCCUUAACUUGCACACCUCAUUUUGACCACGUAACUGCUCGGUGGGGUAAAUCUACCCCAGCCCGAAAAACAUCGAAUAAAUCAGAGAAUUUUAGAUAUUUUGCUAUGAAAAUUUUUUCUAGUUUAUUUCAAACCUUUUACUACAAAAAAAUAUUCAGGUUAACAAUUUUUAAUGUUACAUAUACUGAAAAAAAUUGUUGAAAAAAAAAAAUAAAUUUUAUUUAUUGUUAAAAAUUAUCUGGGGUAAAUCUACCCCACAUAGCAGUUAAGGGUUAAAGUAUCUAGGUAGAGGAAAAUAAAAUCAAUUGUAAUUUUGACUUUUACUUGUCAAACACGAUUCAACGUCUUACGAAGAAUAAUGAAUUUUCAAUAAAAAUUAUUUCAUUGUAAAAUUUUGUUAUAAAAACUGUUUUGUAAAAAGGAUUAAAUACGUUUAAUGCCGUUUAAUGAGUGAUUAUAAGUUAUAUCGUAUUAUAGUGUAAAUAAAAAUACGUACUGUAAAAACUCGAUUGGUACAUAAAUCAGAUUUAAAAAUAAAAUUUGUGCUUAACUUAUCACAUAUAUAAUUACUGAUGUAUUUUAUGAAAAAGUUUAUUAACUUUGGCAAUUUCAUCAAACUGUUGAGAUACACUCACAAGCUUUCUUAUUGUUUUUAUUUCAUCAUUAAAAAAUUAAAAUUGAAUGAUCUACUGUCUAUUAUUAUUUUUUAGUAAAAUAAGGAAAAAGCGAUCGAGAAACAAAGCUUUAUUGUACACGUACAAGUGUAAUAAUAAAGUCGGGUGAAUCAUUCGACUCCAUCUUUUAUGCAUUCGGAUACAAUUUUCAAUAUGUUAAAUCUGUAUUGUAAAAACUAUUACUCAAAUACUAUUUGCAAUAAAGUACCAUAAAACCUCAAAUUAGACAGGUAACAUCAAUUAAAAAAGUAUUGUUGCUGCGGACGGAAACUAGGCAAAUACGAGUCACGACGAAACUGGUGUCUAGAUGUUAAAUUAUGAGAAUGUUUUUAAGAAAACCUACGUAGAAAUAAUCUGUGAAGAGACAAGGCAGUGAGCGUACUGUUAGACACUUUGUUUUCCUUUACUUUAGUUUUUGCGGUCGGUCAAAAAUAUGUACAGGAGAAAAGCGAAGCAGUAUAUUACAACGAUCGGGAGGGGGAGUAUCUUUUCGCAUCAUUAUGAGAUAGUUUUAAGUUUGCAAACAAAUGUAAGAAACGUGGCGAAACUAACGAUAAAUGUAACUUACAAGACAAGGAGCAGUCGCCAGAAUAUAUCGCGUAAAUGGGGAAGCGGUGAACAACGGGGUUACCUUCAAGGUUUCGCUCGUUAUGAUGAGUACGACUGUAUGUGAUUGAAACCGUUCACUUUGAAGCUCAAAAAUUUUCUUUGAGGCUGCCAUAGUCAAGCUACCCUAGGUUGCAUAUCCAUGGCUGUCAAAACGGGGCUGAGGGGGAAUUCGACGAGCGCAUAAUACCCCUUGGGGCUCUAAGGCGGCACUCUGCGAUUUCUUCUUUUGUGCUCAAUCUUGAACUUUCUA